CCAUUGCCACCAGUUUCUACCCCACGUCUACAAUUCGCCAAUGGCGCACAAGCCCUGCUUUACAAGGCUAACCGAACUGUUCCCUACGAUUGGCAAGCUCCUCAAAGCGAUGACAGUAUUCCACACGACGAUGAGCGUCGUGGGCUUUACGUUCGCCAACUUUUCGCUGCGUUCUUGGACAACAGUGAGUCGAUAGACUCCGAGAAGAUGGCAGACUGGAGUUCUGCCUACACUGAGCAGCAAAUUGAGAUUGUUUGCUGGAAAAUGGUAGGGAUCGCGGAAGCUCUUCACACACGGGGCCCUAUCAGCUUGGGUGUAUAUGACCAGGCUAAGCUUAAGCUUACGAGGGCAUCACGGAAUCUGCUGUUCUCUGGCCGCAUAACUCAAAUAUGCCAACUUUUGAGGUUGUCCAAGUUUCGCUGCGAGUCAAUGAUGGACUUUGAGGGUCUUGAGAUGUGUGUCGCCACGCCAGAUCUGUUGAUCUCGCAGACUAAGAUCAACAAGAGGCUCAAUGCCGAGCGACAGAAAACUCUUGUGGAGGGACGGAAAGCGAUGAAGGGGAAGGGUAAA